AUGUUUAAUAACAAUUCAUCAUCUCAACGUUCAUCUCUUCAGAGUAAUGAUAGCCGUCGUGAUUCAACAACAGGUUCAUCACGUAUACUUUCACCGAUUGCUUUUUUCCAUGAUGGUAUUACAAUAAAUGAUGUUGAUUUACGUUAUAAUAUAACUGGAAUACAAAGACGAGCACAAGCUAUAGCAACAGCUCCACGUCGAAAUAGAUAUGAUGAUGAUGAUAAUGAUGAAGAUAAUGCAAAAAAGAAAAUUUUUUUUGGAUUUGUAAACACAAUAGCUGUUCCAAUUCCUACGCCAUCAGUACCUCAACAAACCCAGUCAUUACCUAAAAUACAAUCAGACACGAAUCUUAUGCCUAAUUUUCGUGUUAAUCCAACAAUACGUUAUGAAAGUUCAGAAUUUGAUUAUCUAUAUGGUAAUAAUUCACAACGAAAUCGAUUUUCAUCUGAAUCUUUACCAUGA